CUUGUUCGGGUUCAUUCUGGAAUAAAAUGGAGCCUAUUUUUGCUUCUAUUAGCUUGGAAGAUGCAUCUUACUUGAAGCAACAGCUCAAUAUUGCUGAGGAAUUUGAUAAAAGUUUAUCUCAUAUGUUUGGCAUUGAUCGUGAUAUGUUGGGUGUUGUUAUAAAUAACAAAACCACUCAAAGCUCAGAUGAAAGAAAGAGAAGUCACUGUGAUGAAGAAUCUAAUAAGAUUGAUGCUUUAGGUGGAAAGAAUGACAUGGAAAGACUGGACAAGGUUACUCCACUAUUCCAAAGACUUCUUUGUGCUCUAAUAGAAGAAGAUGAAGGUGAAGAAUCAUAUCACCUGAGUGAAGCAAAGAAUAUAUCUCGACAAUGCACUAGUGAUGAUUCUCAUUGCGGUUCAUGUAAUCAAAUCGAUUUUGAACCCAAAGAUCGGGAUAGAAUGGAUUCUGAAGUUGAAUCUAAGGUGGAUCUUCAAAUUCAGAAGAAUUGCACAUUGGACAGACUAUCUUGUGAUAAGAGUACUACAUCCAACACGAGUGAAGCCCCUGACGAGGUACCUCGAUUGCAUGACGAGCAAUAUUUUGCCUAUUUCAACCAUGGGUUGCGCGAGGAGGUGAGAGCACGUGUACGAAGUGUCCAUGUUGCGAACCCUUUGACAAGGGGCAAGUUGAUGAAUGUGGCAAGAGCCAUAGACAUGGAGUUAUCGGGGCGUAGCAGAGGAUGGAUAGGAAAAGGAGAUUAUAGAGGAGGACACUAUCAAGUUAACAAAGCUGUACCUAUGGCAGUAGGGAAAUCAGGCCCACGAUGA